CAAAAACAAAAACAAAAACAAAAACAAAAACAAAAACAAAAACAAAAACAAAAACAAAAACAAAAACAAAAACAAAAACAAAAACAAAAACAAAAACAAAAACAAAAACAAAAACAAAAACAAAAACAAAAACAAAAACAAAAACAAAAACAAAAACAAAAACAAAAACAAAAACAAAAACAAAAACAAAAACAAAAACAAAAACAAAAACAAAAACAAAAACAAAAACAAAAAGAAACGAGAAACGAGAAACGAGAAACGAGAAACGAGAAACGAGGAACGAGGAACGAGGAACGAGGAACGAGGAACGAGGAACGAGGAAUGAGGAACGAGGAACGAGGAACGAGGAACGAGGAACGAGGAACGAGGAACGAGGAACGAGGAACGAGGAACGAGGAACGAGGAACGAGGAACGAGAAACGGAACGUCAACGUCAACGCCGUUGCCUUGACGGUUGGUUCCAUGGGCCGGAAGUAUUGCACGAAGAUGUACCUGCCCCCGAGAAAACGGAAGACCCGGUUUAGUGGAGGGGUGCUGGCAGAAACGGAAGGAUGCCAGCGGAAGUCACGCCGGGACGUUAUUAUCGACGAGGCGGAUGGCAGGAGUUAUGUUCAAGUGGGCCGACUGUGGGCGUAA